GAAUUGUACAUUAUUUGCAAGAGUGUUUGGCAAUAUGGAAAUUUCCAUUCAUACUGUGUAGCAUCUUGGAUUUUUUUUUCAAAUCGGGGUUAAUUUGCCUACCUGCCCACUGUCAGAGAAUGUGAGAAAAAUGAAACUAUUUUUCUCUUUCGUUUCCUCCUGUGAAAUGUCAGCCUCUUAUUAAGUACACCACAAGAGAGGAGGAGUUUCCGAAAGCUAGCGAACGACCGGUGGCCACUGAUCCUCCAGUCUCUUCAAGCAGCCUUUGGAUAAAACCGACAUCAAAGGAGCAGAAGCUGGUGGCCAACAAACCCUCAGAUAUUCUUGCCGUGCCGCCACACACCCGAUCAUCCGCUAUGGAAGGAAUACGGACUGCUGCCUGCAUCUUCUCCUUCGUCAGCCUCUUGCUGCUCAUCGUUGCCCUGGCUACCAACUACUGGAUGAUGGAUUCAGCCCAAAGGGUGCAUAUGGGACUGUGGCAGGCAUGUAAGGAUAACAAUUGUGCAUCAUAUGGGAUGAGCGUUUCAGGUGCUAUCCAUGCCGUCCGAGCCUUUGUGUUAAUGGGGAUGGUGGCCGGUGCUGUUUCCUUCGUUGGUCUUUGUGCCUCAUUUUCCCACACCCACAUCGGCUCCAUUUCCAUCAAGCAUCUUGCCGUGUCAGCCAGCUUUGUGGCAGGUUUUUGCUCCAUGAUUGCCAUGUCCACAUUCACAGGAGUGUACAGUGACGUCACUUUAUUUUUUGGGACACUGUUUGGAUGGUCCUUUGGUCUUGGCUGGGCCUCAUUCAUUCUGUUUCUUAUAACUGGCUUGCUUGCUUACUAUACAGGCUCUAGUUCUGAAUAGAGACGACCUGCGGAUUUGGGAUGGUGUCUGGCUCUCAACUGCUAGUGCAGGAUUCAGAUCCAGGGAACAUCUUCUGAAAGAAACGAGAAGGGCAUCACCCUCCCUUUUUAAGGAAAGAUAGGAUGCAUUUCUUCCUUGCAAAUUGCCUGCUUUUGUGUGAAGAAAUUGUGUUUUUUUGAUAGCCAAUGCUGUUCUUUCUGUGUCCAAGUUUGCAAUUUUUUUUCCCCGUCUAAAAUGUGUACUUAAAAAUACAUAAAUGAAUUAUUGGAGACACAA